UAAAAAAUCCCGACGACGGCGCGGCACAGAGAGCAGUAGCACUGGGGGCUCCUUCAUCGACCUUGCUGACUACGAAGACGCAGCCUGUCGCUCUCCCUCGUCACACAGUUGCCAGCAGAACUUCUCAUGCGAAACGCCGAAAGUAGUAAAGGUGAACAAGCAAGGUGGUAAAGCAGGCCCCAGCUGCUCAGGCGGUAGAAUCGACGACGACCACUUUUCAACAUCCGAAACAACAUCCGACUAUCCAGGAAAAUGAAACACCCAUCCACAUCCGAUUUGUCAUGCGAAACACGUAUCAAAAAAAGAAAAUUUCUGAAGAUAAUGCUGUGUUUGUCAUGCAAAAAAUCGAUGCUGGGGUUGGAUUUUUUUUCCGUCAAUACCAACAGUAGCCUCGCUGCGGAUGUGGAGCACAGUCCAAGGUGCACCGUUUUGUAUCACAGGUAAAAGUGUUAACGUUAAACGCUUUUCACCGAUAAUUGCAGUCAUGCAUCACAAAUGUAGCCCAAUGCGCAUGUUAUGCAUGACAAAUUUUGGCACGUUUAGUGAUGCAUUGCUGCAUCGCAAAUUCCGUUAACGUCAAGAACACUUUUUCCUGUGAUAUUUUGAGCGCGACGGCAAGAAAUUCCAUAAGCAAGGCCAUCAGACGGGAGGAGAGGAAGAAUAAAUCAUCACUCCUGCUGCAUCAAAAGACCACUAGCACAC